CUCAAGCCGUUUUGGCUCGAGUGCGUUCGAGGCGAUCUUCCAGGCUCGGCACUGCUCUGCCAGGCGAGGUACCACGAGAUGGCCCUGACCUUCGUCGGCGCCUCCCCCCCGGCUUCGGCGCGCCUCCAGGAGAGCCAGCGAGCGCCAGCGUCAGCGCCUCCGGCCCUCAGGGCCCCUGCGGCGCACCACGGCGCCGGCGGCGGCAGCCUGGGCGCCGCCCUGCCGGUGGGCGCGGUGACCGCGCUCGCGAUUGCCUCGCGCCGGCCGGCGCGCGUGGCGCGGCGCGCCGCCUUCGACCCGUCGACGCAGCUGGGCGCCAUGGCCCCCGUGGGGUUUCUUCGACCCGGCCGGGUUCAGCAAGGUGGGCGACGAGGGUCGGAGGAGGAGAAGCCACCGCUGCCGCUGCUCGCCCUAUCGGCACGAACGAAAUGGGCUCGGAGAGGAUGGGUGCAAUGCCCAUCAGCAGUUCCUGUUCAUUUUGACCAGGACUCGCUGUCGGUGUCGCCGCGGCCCGUGCCCAUUCGAAACAGAAGGCCCCUUGCCCAACAGCGGCCGCUGUCGGUUUUGGACGACAUUUGUUGUUCGGCGUUGCACCCAUUUUUGUCCGUGCCCAUUUCGGGCGCCCAAAUUCUAGAGAGCCCUCGACACCACGGCUGGAUUUUCAAAUACUUGGUCAGAGCGCACAGUGGGGUGGAUCCGCAGAGCGCGGCAUCGGCGCCUCUUUGGUUUCCCCAGAGGAGGGCUUCCGCAGCCUGCGCACCGCGGAGCUCAAGCACGGGCGCGUGGCCAUGAUGGCGGCCUUGGGGUUCGUGGCGCAGCAGUGCGUCAAGUUCCCCGGCUUCGAGUCGGUGCCUGAGGGCGUGGGCGCGGUGACGACGGCGCCGGGCACGCACGGCUUCGCGGCGCUGUUUCUGUUUGCCGGCGCCAUGGAGCUCGCGGCGUGGACGCAGGGCCCGAAGAAGGAGGCGGGCAACUUCGGCGACCCCCUGGGCCUGUCCAACAUCUUUGGCUACGACGAGGACAUGCGCAACAAGGAGCUCAACAACGGCCGCUUCGCGAUGUUCGCGGCCGUCGGCAUCCUGUCCGCGGAGCUGUUGACCGGCAAGGUGGGCAUGAACCAGCUCCUGAUCUGAGUUCAGCCAGGCUUUUGGUUGGGUGCAGGUGGGCCUCCACAACCAAGGCCAGUCUUGCGUCGCCCGCUUCUUUCCCCCGGCAGAAUCGUCCCGGGCAUGUUCGUCUCAGUGGCGAGUUUUCUUUCUUUUUUAUUGCUUCUCAAUGCCAUCGCUUUCCGGAGGAGUCGCUACAGGGGCACCUCGUUUUCGGCGCCGACAGCUGUGCGGCCAGGACCGGACCACUAGGAUUAACACUAGGAAGCGCUCAUCCCUGAGCCUGUCCGCGGGCGCGGCCCGGUCAAAAUUGUGGAGGCGAGCCCAGCCGCGGCGACAAAGGAG